GUUCCCUGGUUUGGAGACUACUACAAUAUGUUAGGUCAUUAGAAUAUUCAACAUAUUUUCCCAAAGUCCAUGGAAAGUUGACUUUGGGAAAGUGUAUGGGUAUGAAUGAUGAAAACAAGAGCAUUUGAGUCCAACUGUCAUAUUUCCUUCUACCAAUACUGGCAUCUAAAUAAAUUAAGUGGAAGCAAUUGAACUAUAUGCUAUAAUAUUAUAAACAAAGAGUUCAGAAUUUCCAGAUGAGAUUGCUUACGUUUCUAGGAAAUUAAUAAAUGUAAAAUUCUGUUUGCCUACAUCCAUUAUCUCCAAAACAGGAAUAAUGAAAAGAUUAAAAAAAGAAUAACAUGAAAGUUCAGGUAGAACCUUCCGUCUGAUGGUGACAAGACCAAUGAAAAAAGAUAGAAUCAGCUGAGCUGUUUGUGUCCAAGGAAACGGAAUAAUGCCUAGAUUAGAAGGAUCUGCCUUUUGUUCCAUAUCAUUUUUGUCAUGUCCCAUCUCUGAUCGAAAGUCCAAGAGAUAAGAAAAAGAUUAGUGGGAUCUACAUUGGCGCACUAUGUUUGGCUUCCACUUCACAGGUGCAAUUUCAAUUUAGGUACUAUUAGUUGCCUCACAACUGAAAAGAUGCCAUCAUAUUUGCAUCCCACCUUCCCAAUUGACCAAGGCCUGCAUUACAUGAUAGAUUUCUCAUAUCUAAUUAUGCAAUGCAGAUAUUUUUUUUUGCUUCUUCAUGGAUUGAUUUUUUCACCAUAUUUCCCAUCUUUGGUCAUCCAUAUCCACAAGGGAAGUCUCAAGAAGCUUUAUUGCAUCGUCGUUUGAAGAAGAAUCCUCAGAAUUACAGUAACAGGAAUUUGUCAAAAAUGAGUUCUACCACAAUCAUCACCCAAUUUCUCUUCCUCCUUCUCCCUUCUGUUGUUCAACCUUUCUAUCUGAGAAAUGAUAUUACUUUGGACAGAUCCGCACUGUUGGCAUUCAAGAAAGCCAUUCUUGUUGAUCCCGACAAGGCCCUCAGUAGCUGGAAUGAGACGACCCAUGUCUGUGAGUGGCAUGGCAUCGUUUGCCGUCUGAAUCCUGAAAGAGUGACUGAACUUGAUCUCAAGAGUAAAUAUCUUUUAGGAACAAUCUCACCGUUUCUCUCCAAUCUUUCCUACCUUCGAUUACUUGACUUGUCUGAGAAUUCACUCCAAGGUUCCAUUCCCAUCGAGCUUGGAGCUUUGUCUAACCUUGAGCUACUCGGUAUCCAAGGGAAUCAUAUACAGAAUGAAAUUCCUGAGAGCUUUGGCAUGCUUAGGAAACUUCGCUACAUUAAUCUCGGCAACAACCAGCUUAGUGGAAGGCUCCCAACAUCUCUCUUCUACAAUUGCACUCAAUUAAGCUAUGUAGAUCUUUCUAAUAAUUGGUUUACUGGUUUGAUUCCUCUGCAGCUUGGAGAUCAACUUCCUUCUUUGGAGAACCUUCUUCUUUAUCAAAAUCAAUUGACAGGUAGUGUUCCAGCUUCUCUCUCUAAUUCAACAGAGAUGGUGGAGAUCGAUCUCGAAAACAAUUAUCUGAGUGGUACAUUACCAUCAGAAAUCUUGAUGCAUCUGCCUUCUUUGAAGAUAUUGCACCUCUCAUACAACAACUUCUCAAGUGAUGAUCAGAAUUCAAAUCUUGUCCCCUUCUUCAUUUCAAUUGCAAAUUUGACUCAUCUAGAGGAGCUGGAACUGGCAGGGAACUAUCUUGGAGGUACAUUGCCUUCCACCAUAGGCCUUCUUAGUGUUAACCUCUCACAGGUUUAUCUCCAAGAUAAUCUCAUCCAUGGAGCAAUCCCAUCAAGUAUAUCAAAUCUUUCCAAAUUGAUGUCGCUGAAUCUAUCAAACAAUCUUUUGAAUGGAACUAUUCCCUUAGAGUUAAUUCUUUUACCCAAUUUACAAAGAUUGUGGUUAGCUAACAACUUGCUCUAUGGUCGAAUCCCAUCUCCUCCUGGUGUUUUAAAUAACCUGGGACUCUUAGACCUAUCAAAAAACAAUCUUUCUGGUUCCAUUCCGACCACAUUGGCAAAUCUAACUCAGCUGAGAAUACUCAUUCUUAAUGGAAACUUUCUUUCAGGAUCCAUACCUUCAAGCCUGGGGAGUACAAAAUUAGAGCUUCUGGACUUAUCUCAUAACAGGCUCACAGGAGCCAUACCAGCUGAAGUUGCAAGCUUGAGCUCGAUGGCUAUAUACUUCAAUCUGUCAGACAAUUUGUUAGGAGGAGAACUCCCCAUGGAGCUGAGCAAAAUGGACAAAGUUUGGGCUAUCGAUCUAUCAUCAAAUAAUUUCAGCAGUAACAUUCCUUCCACUAUGGGAAGUUGUAAAGUAGUUGAGAUGGUAAACUUAUCACACAAUCAUCUUCAAGGGCCAAUUCCUGGGUCCUUGGGUAACCUGUUAAACCUUCAGUCCUUAGACCUCUCUUCCAAUUUCCUCUCUGGUGAAAUUCCUGCAUCUCUUCAGAAGUGCACCAGCCUUAGGUUACUGGACCUCUCGUUCAACAACUUCAGUGGACCGCUACCAGAAAACAGUCUGUGCAACUAUUUAACACCGAAAAUGAUUGAAGGAAAUCAUUUCUGUGGGUCACAGCCUGGCCUUCCAAGUUGCCAACCAAAGAAGAGAAGCAUGAUACAUUCUCCCAAAUCCCUCGUAUUGUUUGUGAGUAUUGUCUCCAUGUCAACUUUCCUUCUUACAAUAAUAUGUGUGAUAGGUUAUAAGAACAUAAGAAAUGCGAUGUUUCGAAGAGAUGAUGUGGACUCAAGUGACUUUUCUCUGGACUUGUCAUCAAGUUACCCUAGAAUAACUUACAGAGAAAUUGUAGAGGCUACUGGAGGAUUUGAGCAGGGCAGAUUGAUUGGAUCUGGUAGCUUUGGACAAGUCUACAGAGGGGUCUUAAGUGAUGGCAGUGUAGUUGCAAUAAAAGUUUUACAGCUGCAAAGCAGCAACUCUGCCAGAAGUUUCAACAGAGAAUGCCAAGUUCUGAAGAGGAUUCGACACAGGAACCUGAUGAGAAUCAUCACGGCAUGUAGUCUUCCAGAUUUCAAAGCUUUGGUGCUUCCUUUCAUGGCAAAUGGCAGCCUGGAGAGCCAUCUCUAUCCGCAGGCACAACAAUCUGCCUCCUCAAAAUUGAGCUUAAUCAAACGGGUGAAUAUUUGCAGUGAUAUUGCUGAGGGGUUGGCCUACUUGCACCAUCACUCACCAGUGCAGAUCAUCCACUGUGACUUGAAACCAAGCAACAUUCUCCUUAAUGAUGACAUGACUGCACUUGUAUCCGACUUUGGAAUAGCUAGACUGGUCAUGAAAGUAGCAGAAGGAAACAUACUAUGUGAUACUCCAACCAACUCAACAGCUAACCAGCUUUGUGGAUCAAUUGGAUAUGUUGCUCCAGAGUAUGGAUACGGAAGAGGUGCAUCAACAAAGGGUGAUGUCUACAGCUUUGGCAUUCUUGUGUUAGAAAUUGUAACCAGAAAGAGACCCACAGAUGACAUGUUUAUUGAGGGUCUAAGCUUGCAGAUGUGGGUGAAGAACCACUAUCAUGAUCAAUUGGAAAAUGUUAUUGACUACUUCCUAAUGCAAGAUCUGCAGGACAAGAGCCCUGAAGUUAGAAACAUGUGGGAAGUUGCCAUUGUAGAACUGCUUGAACUUGGUCUUAUCUGCACCCAAGAAGCUCCUUCAACCAGACCCACCAUGCUUGAUGCUGCUGAUGAUCUGGACAGACUAAAACACUAUCUUGGAUGCGACAAAACUGCAACUUUUACAUCAUCACGUGGGAUAUCAUCAUCUACCAUCACUGGAGAUUAUUGGUAAAUUUUUCCAGGUCCUGACAACUUGUUAGCAUGAAAUGGAUUAGAUAAAAGGGGCACUGAGGAAAAUGAGCUUUGGUACUGAAUCAAGAUCAGCACCUCUGCUGCUGUACAUAACGAAGAUUUACAAAGCAAUGGAUUCCUAGAAUUGUAGAUAGGAAAAGCAGGAUAUGGAUGUAAUAAGAAUAAAAAGCAGUUCCAUUCAUAAUUUGUAUUGAAAGCUGAAGCUAAUUAGUAAAACAAUUCUUAAGAAUGCACUCUGUUGAUUGGAAAAUUCUGAA